GGAGUUUAAGAAGUCUUUUUGUUUUACAGAAGUGCCUCUUUUGAUGUGGAGCCCGUCUACACAUUCAGAGCCCAUGUUGGUCCUGUGUUGUCGUUGACGAUGACGUCCAGCGGUGAGCAGUGUUUCAGCGGAGGACUCGACUCGACCAUCCAGUGGUGGAACAUCCCCAGCUCUAAUGUGGACCCCUACGACACAUACGAUCCUAGUGUCCUGGCGGGGUCGUGGUUGGGGCACACGGACGCCGUGUGGGGAUUGGCUUACAGCGGCAUCAAGAACCGCCUCCUGUCCUGCUCGGCCGACGGCACGGUGAAACUGUGGAACCCGACGGAGGAGAACCCCUGCAUCAGCACUUUCAACACAAACAAGGGUGAGGACGGAAGGGGGUGCAGAGGGCGUACCGGGGAGGGCGUCCCCCGGAGGGCGUACCGGGGAGGGCGUCCCCCGGAGGGC